GCAGCCGCAGCGCCGCUCCCGGCACAACGUUUCGGUCUGUUUUUCCUCCAUCUUGCUGUCUGAGUGAAACUUUGCGCGCCGGUUUGGACAAAGCGGGUCUUUUCAGGCGGGAAGAUGCCGGGGACGAAGGAACGGGAGAAACUGGCCGAGGUCAUCGGUCAGUGGAACAGCGACAGACUGGACUUGUUUGAGAUCAGCCAACCUGACGAGAACUUGGCAUUUCAUGGCGUGAUCCGCUUCUCCUUCGAGGAUCACCGAGAAGAAGGCAGCGUGGCCACAAAGUGCCUGCGGGUUUGCAGCAGCCUGACGACUCGCGAGGUCAUCGAGACGCUGUCAGAGAAGUUCAGGCCGGAUAUGAAAAUGCUGUCGACAAAAUAUUCUCUCUACGAGACCCACGCAGAUCAAGAGCGUAAGUUGGACCUGGACGAGAGACCUCUGGUCGUACAACUGAGCUGGACCUCGGACAACCGAGACGGGCAAUUUGUGCUCAAAAAGGACCAGGAGAAGCCGGAUGAAAGUUAUCAUGUGAAAGAAAAGGGAGGCCUUCUUCAAACCUUCAAGAGGACGCUGUCAAGAAAAGGGAAAAAGAAAGAGGAAAGCCGAGCCAGCGGAGCUGAGAGGCCGUCAGAAGGCGAGGAUGGACCAGCUGAAGAUCUGCUGAACAACAGCGACCGCUCGUCCAGCCUUGACCCUCUGAGACGUUGCAAGAAGAAGAAAAGAAAUCAGGUUCCUGAAGACUCUUCAGAUCAGUCUGGAUUACCGGUUAGAGUAAAGAUCUGUGACGACGCCGAGGAGCCCUUCCUGUCCGCAGUCAUAAAUUACACCAGCAGCUCCACGGUUCACUUCAAGCUGUCCCCCGCUUACAUCCUCUACGCUGCGGGUCGCUUCGCCCUGCGGCGUCGGCGCAGCGGAGGCUCUCCGUCUUCUGCAAGCACGCACCCCGUAACGUCAGUCACAAACAAAAUGGCGGCCGUGAUGGGAAAGGUCAUCCAGAGGCAGCGGGGCGUCGCCGGGGCUCUCGCCUUCUGGUUGGCCAAUUCCUCGGAGCUGCUGAACUUUCUGAAGAACGACAAAGACCUCGGCCCGCUCACCGAGCAAAGCCAGCUGGAUCUGUCCCGUCAGGUGCACAGCGCCUACAGCUUUCUGCUCCAUUGCCUACAGAGCGAGUUGAGGAAACACCUACCAUCUUUCCUCAGUGAUCCUGAGCGACACGGCGUUCUCCCGGCCGGCAUAGAGAUGGUGUUGGACACCUUGAUGAACGGCAUGUCUCUUCUGCGCCGGUGCCGCGUCAACCCGGCCCUCACCAUCCAGCUCUUCUCGCAGCUCUUCCACUUCAUCAGCGCCUGGCUGUUUAAUCAGCUCAUGGCGCCAGAACCCGGCGCGCCGGGCCUGCGCUCUCACUACUGGGGGGCCGCACUGCGUCAGAGGCUGACCCCCAUCGAGGCCUGGGCGGAGAGGCAGGGCCUGGAGCUGGCUGCAGACUGCCAUCUGGGACACAUAACGCAGGCGACCACGCUCCUGACAAUGAAUAAGUACUCGGCGUCGGACGCUGAGGACAUCCAGACUUCCUGUUUCAAGCUGAACUCGCUGCAGCUGCGCAUGUUGAUGGACGGGUACAUGUACGGACCCGGCGAGCCUCAGAUCCCCCCGGACUUGACGGAUGCCGUGGCGGCGGCCGCCGAGGCCUCGGCCGGUCAUCUGAUUGGCAGCGAAGGCGGCGAGCUUCGGCUCACGGAGAGCCUCGACCUGCUGCUGCCUUUCCUGCUGCCGCAGGGAGGAUACUCCUGUGAGACGCUGAGAGGAGUCCCUCAGGGUUUCAGAGAGUUUCUGGAGCCACUCUGUCAGACAGGUCUCUGCAGUUUGACGUUUGAGGCUCAUUCCCAAGGAGACUGGACGGCGCAUUUUACCGAAAACACACACACCGAUGGGGAUUUAUACUUGGCAGCGCACAGGCAGCCCGAGGUCGAGAGCGUCACUUUGCACAAACCUCUGAAUAGCGGGAUGGGAGUCAGUAUUGUAGCAGCCAAGGGGGCAGGCCGGAGCGACCUUGGGAUCUACGUCAAAUCCGUGGUCAAGGGAGGACCCGCCGAAAUGAGCGGUAAGCUGGCAGCCGGAGAUCAGCUGCUCAGUGUGGACGGUCACAGCCUGGUCGGACUCAGCCAAGACAGCGCGGCGGCCAUCAUGAUGGGCACCGGCCCCGUCGUCAGCUUACAGGUGGAGAAGUUUGCGGCGAGUCGCCGAGGUCUCAGCAACCUGCUGAACGAAUCGUCUCCGGAAAACGAAACAAGCAGCCGCCGUUUAAGACUGGAUGCCGUUUCCACACUGCACUGCGACACGGAUCUCAGCCCUUCAGAGAGAAACCACGGAGGCCGCAAACGUAACAAAGACCAGAGGAUGCAGAAAUACCGACAGUUUUACCGCUCCAACCCCAACGUGACCCCUGCCUCUUGCCCGGAGGACGGAGGUGACCUCUUUGACCCCGGCGUGAGAGGACACGGCUUUUCAUCCGUUUCCAGCGACAACCUCUGCGCUGAUACGCAUCCCAGAGAAUACCUGACGCUGCCAAACCCCAGGUCCAAGAACGCUUCUGUUUCUGAGCCCAAGCGGCCGACACAACCGUUCAAUAUGGCCAUGACACCUUCAAGUGAGCAGAGCGACAGCAGGAGAGGCUUCAUGCGUCACGCCGUGUCUCAGGAGAGUUUGUGCGCAGACGCCGGAGGCCCCCUGCUGGACCAGAAGCAGGACGCGCGCGCGCAGAGGAGCCAGUCCACAAAUUUCUGCCGAUCCGUUUCUGCGCUCUACAUCCACAGAGAGCCGCCCCCGGCCGGCGUCUGGAGGAACCCGUUUUCGCAGCAGGCCACGCCUACGCCGUCGGUCCGGCCGAUACGCAUCGACAUCCCCGUCACCAGAGCGGGCGGCGCGCAGACAAAUCCUCCUCUCAUCACCUUCCAGCAGAGCCCCUCUGUGCUGAAACGGCCCCGGGAAGCCAGCGAGCAAAUAAAGAGCUCCCCAAGCCCAGGGUGUCCAUCAUCAGCGGCCACGGCGCCGCUCCAGCCCUCGGGUCUCUGGCAGCAGCAGAGGUCAGAAAAACCCCGAGUGUGCAUCACUCCGACGAAGCACGUUUCCUUCCAGGAGCCUCCGUCCGAGCGGAAGGGCUCGGGGCCGGGGGGCCAGAGCGACCCCCGGGUUCUGCUGCGUGACCCCUGGAGGAGGGAGGCCCAGGAGGCGCUGGAGAAGCAGCAGAGGCUGGAGGCGGUGGAGCGGCUGGAGAGGGAGGCGCGGCGGCUCCGAGCCAAGGAGCAACGGAGCGCCGAGGAGGACGACAGGCUGCGGAGGCUGGACCUGGAGUGGAGGUUUCAGAAGAGGGUGCAGGAGAUUCAGCAGAGAGGAGAGGAAGAGGAGGAGGAAGAGGAGGAUCUGGACGUCAUGGUGAUCCUGCAGCAGCUGGACAGAACGUCGGAGGUUCAGUGGAUUAUGUAUCAAGAUCGAAUCCGUCGGAAACGUCACGAGGGAACCAAACGAGGAGGGAAUCAGCGUUCCUACGAGCAAGAAGGAAAACCAGAUCACAGAGAAAAUGGACUGAAAGCGGCGUCAGAUGAGUGA